UGUCUUUCGGGAAAUGAUCAAGGAAUUUCCCCAGGAUAUCUUUCUUGCAGCCGAGGCAACAGUUGGGAUUGGUGAUGUACAGAAGGUCGCAUUGGAAAGUUUAGCAAAUCUUUCAAAGAAUGGAUUCGAGAAGUUGAUGAAGGAGAACAAACUGGAUGCCAUGGUAACUCCUAUUGCAGAUGCUGUUCCUGUGCUUGCAAUUGGUGGAUUCCCAGGAAUCAGUGUGCCGGGUGGAUAUGAUAAUGAAGGGGUUCCUUUUGGCAUUUGUUUUGGAGGACUGAAGGGCAGAGAGCCAAAGCUUAUUGAAAUUGCUUAUGGUUUUGAGCAUGCUACUAGGAUUAGGAAGCCUCCAUCAGUCAACCCUGGAAAAUCUAAAGAAAGUGCUUAAGGAAUCACACUUCCUCAAGUGAAAACUGUUUCAAUAUUUCCUUCCAAAAAGUAUGAAAGGUGUCAUUUAUGCUUUUACCAUAUAUUGUUAUGUGCAUCUACAUGUCGCCGUGAAACAUUGAUUCAUUGUCUUUGUAAGUUAUUUCAUUUUAGAAUUUGAAUAAUGGAAGGUGUUUUCC